UCGUCUACUACAGGUUGCUGGGCAUCGUCAGGAUACAGUGUGCAAGGCUGCGCACAACUGGAGCAGAAACUGCGGCAGUGCAUGGAUCAGCCGCGCGACAACAACCAGAAGAAGAACAACAUCAACUACCACCUGUCGAGGAUGUACCCCAAGAUCAUCGGCCCUCACAAGCGAAACUAA